AAAAUUUUAGACUUAAGAUUAACACGACGUGCAUGACGGUCAUUAAAAAGCCAUAUAUUUGUAUUAGAGGAAUAUGAUGAUUCAUGAAAAAACAGUUCAGUUCUAAGCAUUUUAAGCAUUCCUAAGUUUACUUUCUUUUCUCUAGCUGUAGCUUUGCACCAUCUUACCAUGAAUGAAAGGAAUUCGGACGAACAUCUCAGCAUUACAGCCUCCAUCUUUCUCACAGCGUGGUUUUCCUUGUCAAGUUUUGUAGCUGUAACUGGAAACGCAGUCGUGUUGUGGCUGUUCUACAAAAACGAGUUUUUACGGACAAUUUCCAACCGCUAUUUAGCUUCACUUUCUGUUGCAGACUUUUCUGUCGGGUUUUUUGUAGACCCUGUGUGGCUCGCUAGCAGAUGUUGGAUCCAGCCACCUCUUCACACCAUGUUGUUGGAAGUUAUACAAGUGUUGUGGAUUCACACAACCGCCACCACUACUUUUAACAUUUGCUGUGUGUCUGUCGACCGGUUUAUUGCGAUCCGGUUUCCUUUCCGUUAUCAGGAUUUUGUAACCGUGAAAAGUUGUUACGCGGUUAUCAUUUUAGUUUGGUUAAGUUCAUCAGUUCUUUCCUUUUCAACAUUCUUUCUAGACGGUUCAAAAAAAGAGAUGUUUUUGUCUUUAACAUGCAUUAUCUAUGUUAUAUCAUUAUUAGUUGUCUCUUUUUGCUAUGUUAGUAUUUUCAAGGCUGCCAGAAAACAAUUCACACGAAUUAUCGCUCAGGAAAGUCCUCGAAACUGCGACAAAAAUAUUAGAGUUCUUGCUGUGCAAAAUUUGAAAGCUAUAAAAACAAUCGGUUUUGUUUUGGGUGCUUGCAUAUUCACGUGGAUGCCCAGUUUAGUUCUGAUCAUAGUUGACUGUCACUACAUCCUAACCAAAGACGAGAGUAAAAUUCGUAAAUUAUUCUAUGUUGUAUGGCCUUGGGUUGAUGCAAUCGCUUUUACAUCAUCAGCGAUCAACCCAUUGAUAUAUUACUUAAGAAAUGAAGACUUUCGUCGAGCCUUUCGCCGCACCUUCCAUUGCCUGCCCUGUCUUCACUUGGAAAAUUCACCUGCUAUUGGUUUGAAAUCAGAAAAAAACAGGAUGGAACGAAACGGUGAGACAACUGGACAACUCGAAAGUCAACAGAAAGAACAGUAAAGACAACUCAAACGAAAGAGUCCUCCUCCUAAUCACAAACCUUUAAUGACAUAAUGGAACAUCUGAAUGAGAAUUCUCUUUUCCUGUUAAAAAUAGAAGACUUUAGUUAAAUAUCAUUAAAACGUUUUGUAUCUCGUUAUUUCAAACAAGCUUUGCUCGACAAGAAUACUUUUUUUUUCCGUGACUGAUCAGUCAUGAGCACCUGUCCCUUUGAGAGCUGCUCAUAGCUCAGUUUGGUCAUUUAUUCUGGUCAAGUGUUUUGCAAUUGAACUCAGUUCUUUUUAAAUCGGUUUAAUCCAUGAAUCAAAGCCCGAACCAUUUCAUUAAGUGGGCCGUUUCCAAAGCGCAGAGAUCCGUGAAAAAAAAUCACAUAAAAUCAAUAAAACUUGGUUUAUCUUCCAUGUUUUUGUUCUAAGGGAAUUAGAACUACUGACGUUACGGGUCAAUUUUCCGUAAAAUCAAUACAUAUUCUAGGACUGAAAAAUAUCGGAUCCUCUAAAUUGAGCCCGUCCCUUGUUUUAAUCGGCAAUAGGAGCUAUUUGGUCGCUUUCCUCAGAGAAAAAUUGUAAUCGCUGAUUUUCUGAUAGUAAGUAAGUAAGUAAGUAAACACUAUUUCGUCAGGGUUAACACGAAAUGAGCCUGAGCUAAAAAAACUUGUGGCCCUCUGAAUAAUAAGUAAAAUAAAUAAUAAAAUAAUAAAUUAGUAUACUAAGCUAUAAAAAUACGAGCUAAAAAAAAGCUAAAGAAUACAGAUACUUUAGAAUCUACUGAACUUUUUAAAAGUUAAAAUAUAGCAUUAUAAUCAUGUCACACUUCAUCAAGUAACUUAAAUAAGAAAGUGACUCAAGAUUCUGCUGUCGGUUUAAAAACUUCAUUCCACAUUGCUUAUUUUAAAAGAAUUCACUGAAUCCCUUAGCCUUACAGGUAAAGAUAAACUGUUCCAUGCUUUGCAAGUUGUGACGGUGAAAGUUCUACCUCCUUCUGUUUCGCGAUUAUAACUUGGAGAGGUUAGGUUAAAGUUACAUUAUCUGGUUUGUCUACUGUGGAUGUUACUGUUGAGUAGAUUAGAUGUUACUGUUAAGUAGACUGUUUAGAUAAAUAGGGACGUCACCUUGUAAUCGCUUAUAAGCAAAGAUAAAUUUAGAUAUUUAAGCGUCUUUAUUAAAAGGCAAUCAUUUCAGCCGAUUAAACAAGGGAACUAAUGGUGCUCGUUGUUGGAGCUUCAGGACCUGUCCAGGGCUUUCCUUAUCAUAAUUAGUCCAGAGGACACUUGCAUAAUCAAUUACUGGCCUCAUCAAAUCAUUGUGAUAAAGUAAUCUAUGUUUAAGGGGAAGAUAAUUAAUAAUUUUCUUUAACACGCCGAUGGGCUGAGUACAUUUCUUACAAACAGUCGUAAUAUGCUAAGAGAAAGAUAGGUCUCCAUCAAUCUCAAGUCCUAGUGGCUUAAAGCUCACAACGUUAGUUAACAAAGUGCCAUUGCAAGUA